AUGCCAGUUCGCACCGGACAGGAAUACAUCUCCGGCCUCAAGGACCGCCCUAGGGAGGUGUGGCUCAAUGGGGAGCGCGUCAAGGACGUGACCACCCACCCGGCGCUCCGCAACGGGGUGCGCUCGGUGGCCGCCCUCUACGACAUGCAGCACGACCCGUCGUUGCGUGAGGAGAUGACCUUCGCCUCGCCCACGACUGGUGAACCGGUUGGGUUGUCUUUCAUGGUCCCCAAGACCAUCGACGACUUGGUGCGGCGGCGGGAGAUGAUGUCCCGCUGGGCUUGGGCCAGUUGCGGUAUGAUGGGUCGCUCUCCCGAUUUUAUGAACUCCAUAUUCUCUGCGUGGGCCGGGUCGGCUGACUAUUUUGCCCAGGACCGGCCUGAAUACAAGCAGAACGUCCUCAACUACCACGAGUUCAUCCGGGAAAACGACGUCACCCUCACCCAUGCCUUGGUCAACCUGCAACGCCGCCGCAACCCGGGGCCGACCGACAUCCUGAGCGGCGAGGUCGCCCUGACGCUGGUGAAGGAGACCGACGCCGGUAUUGUGGUAAAGGGCAGCCGCACGCUCGCCACCCUCGGGCCCAUCUCCGACGAGAUUGCAAUCUACCCGGUGGCCAGCCACCGCUUGGACGAGACCGCCCGGCGCCAGUCCUUCUCCUUCUCCAUCCCAUGCGACACCCCCGGAGUGAAGUUCCUCUGCCGUGAGAGCUUCGACUUGGGCCGCUCCCACUUCAAUCACCCCCUCGGCUCCCGAUUCGAGGAGAUGGACUCCGUGGUGUUCUUCAACAACGUGUUGGUGCCUUGGGAGAGGGUCUUCCUGUUGGGCGACGUGGAGUUGUGCAACGGAUACGGGAUGGGUACCCAGUCGGACUCUCAUACGGGGCAUCAGAUUUUGAACCGCUGCUUGGUCAAGACCGAGUUCACCCUGGGCUUGGCCGACCUUAUUGUGGACACCCUGGGGUCGGGAACCAUUCCCCACGUGCAGGAACAGGUGGCGGAGUUGAUCACCUACCGGGACGUGCUGAGGUCGUGCGUCCGCGCCGCCGAGGCCGACGCCGCCCCCAAUCAGUGGGGUAUGAUGUGCCCGAACAUAAACGCCCUUCGGGCCGGGCGCAACGUGUUCGGAAGGUCCAUGUACCCCAGGAUGGUGGAGAUAAUCCAGCUUCUGGGCACCGGCAGCCUGAUGGCCCUGCCCGCUGAGGCUGACUUCGAAGCCGAGAUUGGGCCUGAGUUGGAGCAGUACUUCGCCACCGACACCACCAAUGCCCGCGAUCGGGCUAAGCUGUUCCACUUGGCUUGGGACGCGUCGUGCAGCGCCUUCAGCGGACGGCAGGUCCUCUACGAGCGGAUGUUCGGCGGUAACCCGGUGCGGAACUCGAUUACCCUAUUCCAGAAUUACGACAAGGAGCCUUUCAAGAAAAAGGUACGCCGGUUCCUGGAAUUGGAAGAUUGGCCCGGAAACUAG